CCCUCCGGUUCCACUCCAAACGAGCCGUCCUCGCUCGUCUGUUAGCCGGGUCUCAUUGUGGUCCCCGGCGCCGAUGGGGAAGCGGCGGCGGCGGCCGGCAGACUGCAGCGGCGGCCGGCAAGAUGGAGACGGUGGAGCAGCAGCUCGUCUCCUUCCACCGCGUCCAGGUGCAGCUGAGCGGCGGCGCGCCGUGGGGCUUCACGCUCAAGGGGGGCACCGAGCACGGAGAACCGCUCGUCAUCACCAAAAUCGAGGAGGGAGGGAAGGCGGCCCGCUGCGAGAAGCUGAAAGUGGGCGACGAGCUCAUUAACAUCAACGGCUCGGCCCUCUACGGCAGCCGGCAGGAAGCGCUCAUCCUCAUCAAGGGCUCCUACAGGAUACUCAAGCUCGCCGUCAGGAGGCGCAGCAUCCCGCACAUCAAGCCUCCCUCUUGGCUCCCGAGCGAGCGGUCCGAGCCGCCGCCGCCUCCCCCGCCCUGCCUCCCUCUCCCCGCCGACUCGCCCCCGCCUCCCGCUCCACCUGCCAUGCAGCUCCACCCCUGCCCGCUAGCCUGGAACACGAGUGAGAACAGUGACUUUCCCAUGCACUGGGGUCAGCUGUGCCGGCCGUACUCGUCCACCGACCAGAGCAGUUCCCUGGGCUCCAUGGAGAGCUUGGACACAGCCACGCCGAUUCCGCACCCUUACUCGGACUCGCGCAAUUCACCCGUGGAUCCGGCUCUCUUCAAUAGCAAACGGGACUCCGCCUACAGCUCGUUCUCCGCCAGCUCCAACAUGUCCGACUACGCCGCGGUGCCGCUCAGACCCGGUGACGUGUGCUCCGUUGACAAUUUCCUCCAAAGUCUCGGGCAGCCCUGCCGGGAUUCCGCCACCGCUGACGGAAGUUCAUCCGGUGAGGCGCAGCGGUCUGGAUUCAAGUUCAGGUCAUUGACCAGGCCCAGGCAGAGGCCUGUGGAGGUCAAAGAGAGGCCCUCCUCCUGCUCGUACGAGGAGGACAGGAGGGGAGGGGGGCUUGACGUCAUAGCAAACGGAGAAUGCGCAAAACCAGCACAAGCCGAUCCCGUUCAGUCUUCAAACAGAACUGACUGUUUGACCAACGCGCCGAGUUGCCCUAAUGCUCCAACCAAGCGUCGCGCUUCUGCGCCGACCGAUAUUUCCUACGAGGCGAACGCGCCUUCUCCGAACGCUGAACCGGGAAUUCACAAUGGCUUCCUCAAAGUAGAAGAGGCGAGCCAGACCGGUGAUGUCGAACGUCAUCGUAGCUUAAGUCGAAAGGAAGAACACGCGUGUGAUUUGACAGAUGCUGCCGACGCAACGGCAGAUCCGCGCUCUCUGGUCACUGUCAAGUCCGCUGGACCUUCUUCGUUAAUUUUGCAAGCCUCGUUAGAGGGUCACGAGCGGUCUCAAACCAGGCCCUCCGUUUCAAAAGGUCAUCACUGGCCGAGUGACCCAGAGAAGACACAACUUCAGUUUUUGCAGUUUCGGAACAAAAACACUUCGCCGGAACCGUGCGGUCCCCCCUAUCCCUCAGAUCCUUCUUGUUGCAGCCAGUGGUUGCCGGGUCCAAUCGAGAGGCAAGAACCGUCAAACAGCCGUUGCCUGGAACCGGCAAGCAAAUGGGGCGAAAGCUGCUGUUCAACUCCUGGAUCUGUGUUCUUGGAGGAAGGAAUGGGAGUUAUUAAGCAUCACCACCCUUGGGGCCGCUCCGUGAGUGUACCCGAGGACCCAGCUGGGCCUUCACCGCAGGGCAGGCUGGAUUCGGACCAAAUUCUUGGGAAUUUUGAGCCUCUUAGUGCUGCUGCGAGUGUCGACGCUUUACUGGAGGAGCGAAGAGCAGAUGAGAGAACAAGAGGUGAAGACAAAUUAAAGGACAGCGCUGGAGCGCUGAAGCCGAACCCAUCGAGGAGCCAUCGCCGAAACCGCCGCCGCGACGAACGCUUUGCAACCAACCUCAGAAACGAGAUCCAAAGGAAGAAGGCCCAACUUCAGAGGAGCGGCGGCCCGGGGGGAUUGCUCUCCUGCGGGGAAACGGUCCAGGAAGAGGAGUGCGCGGACCCCUGUGAGGAGUCUGAAGACCUGGACACUGAAUUCAAAGAAAGAGGAACCAACGUUGUGUUAGCCUCGCUUGUUGGUUCCGGUGCGCCGGAGGAGAAAUUACCCACUUCAAACGAAAUAAACGGUGACAAUUUGCACCCGACUGCAGCCAUUCAGAUCGUGGACACGGGUGUUCCGAAUUUCGGUGUCGGUGUCCGUGUUGUUGAGGAGCCAGCUCCUGCGGGCAAAGCUCGCCGCUGGCGUUGGACCCCCGAGCACAAGCUCCAACCGGAACCGGAACCCAGCAGAAUGUACGGUGUCGUCGGAGAGAACGUGUUAGGGGUCACCGUGUCGAGGCAAGGGGUUUGCGCCUUCUCCUCCGCCUCCGCAUCCUCCUGUGGGCGUUCUGCUUCUUGUUCUCAAAUGGAAGAGUCUGACAUCCUUCCGUUUGCAGAUAGAAAGAAGUUUUUUGAGGAGACGAGCAAGUUCGUGGCUGGUCCCCCAAGUCACAAGUCCCACGAAGGGGACCAGCACGUUCAGUACACAAACCAUCGAAGGUACUCCUAUCAGGGGGGGCUCCGGCAGGAAGUGCGAGGCCGAGACAGACCAAAGGAGAGUGAACAGACGAGAGGAUGGGAGGAGAGCGCGAGGGAAAGAAAGCGGCACGACGUGCUACGUGAAGCGGAGAUGCGGCAGGAGAAGGAAAGACGGGAAAGGAAAGUGGAAAAAGAGAGACUCGGGGAGAAGGAGCAACAGGAAAGGGUCGGACGGUGGGAAAGGGAGCAGGAGAAGGAACGUCUGCACAAAGAACGAGAGGAAGAGUUGGCACAGGAGAGGGAAGAGUUUAAUAGCAGGUCUUGCGCGAAAGAAAGGAAUCACGGAGAAAACUCCCAUCCUGGACACGGCAGCCGCGUCCCGCCAUCUGCUUUCUACCCGGCGAACCGACCUUCGCAGCCAACAUCGUGCCAGGGACUCGCCGCGAGGAGGACCACCGCGACACAAUCGCAGUAUCCCGCCCGGCAACCCGAUACAAGCAAGCUGAACAGGAAGUACAGCCUGACAGAGAGAGACUACACCGGCUGGAGACGGGAGUGCCAGCCUCCAGACGGCCUGGGUCCGCAUCAUCGCCCUCCUCAUCAGGCUUCGCGGAUCGCAAGGCAGGCGGUCGGCGACGGGAGCGACUGCGACGGGCACCCGGCGGCAGCCCCCCUCUCACAGCGGGGGCGCGCCAUGUCCGAAAACGAUCUCCGUUUCGACGGCGGCCAGCGCCGGUCGCCGUCGCGCUCGGCCGCGGCCGGCCAGACGCUGAGCGAAGUGGAAGAAGGAGUGGAACACCUGUUGAUCCAGAAGAAGAAAAAGCCUCCCCCGAGGCCACCGCCGCCCAAGUGGGACCAGUUCCACCGCAGACGUGCAUCCCACCACGCGCUGUUUCCCACUCCCUCUUCCGUUCCUCCAGAACAUCGCCGCGCGGCCUCGCCCUCGGGUGAGCGGCGCUCUUCCGCUCAUUCUACCUCUGAGCAGUCCAGGCAGAGGUCGUACAGCCUUCCACCGCAGAGACCGGAAGCGGCCGAGACCUGCCCGCGCUGCAGUUGGAACCAAGGCCGGAGUCGCGAACACCCCUUCGCCCACGUCCCGUCCGAUCGCCGUCAGUUCCCAGAGCGCUCCUUUUCUGUCGCCCCGCCCAGUCCCAUGUUCUCCAGGCGGUCCUUCAGGUCUGCGCUCCCGACAUAUUUUGACCAGCACGAGAGGGAGAUCGCGCCCCAGCCAGGACUUUGCAGCAGUGGGUCCGAGGCUGAAGGCCGCCAGAAUAAAAUGUGGAAUUCUCUCCAGCCGCCGCCCGGCAUGAGACCCGAAGCUGAGUGGGAGAGGACGCCGUCUCCCAGAUUUCAAAGCGACAACACCGCCUUGCCAAACGGACACCUUGACGUCCAGAGCGGUGAGCCUCCAAAGGUCCCCGAAUCAGGAACAGAGUCGGAGAUGACCCUCAGUCCAAGCCCCACACACAGCCUGGAGGCAGAACUGGACGUGCCCUUAGAAACCGACAUAGACGACUUCCGGGGGGAUGACGGACUUCCUUUAGAGGAGCAGCUGCUCACCAGCGAGCUUCCUUGCUUCGCAUUGCCAGUCACCGUCUUGGAGACUGACAUCGACACCUUGACAGAGCUGCGGGCCCGGCCGGAAGAGGAGCCGGAGACCAGCUUGGAUGAGCUCUUCCCCCACAGUAGUGAGGGAGAGUCGGGCACAGAGAACUGGAGGGUCCCCUUCCAUCACCCCGAGCACAACACCGACAGCCUGGAGAGGCGCUCCGGCACGAGUUCGAGCUGCUCUUCGUAUUACAGCACGUCGGCGGCCAAGGCUCAGCUCUUGACUCAGAUGAAGGACUUGACCGAUAAAGAGCGCGACGACGACGACGACGAGCUCACGUACAAGAGACAGCUAAUGGAGAGCCUGCGUAAGAAACUCGGAGUACUGAGGGAAGCCCAGCGGGGGCUCCAGGACGACGUCCGGGCCAACGCGCAGCUGGGGGAGGAGGUGGAGAGCAUGGUGGUGGCCGUGUGCAAGCCCAACGAGGUGGACAAGUUCCGCAUGUUCAUCGGGGACCUGGACAAGGUGGUCAGCCUGCUGCUGUCGCUGUCGGGGCGCCUCCUGAGGGUGGAGACCACCCUGGACGCGCUCAAUCGUGAUAUGGACGACGACGAGAGGCUCUCCCUGCUGGAGAAAAAGCGCCAGCUCAUGAGGCAGCUGUCGGAGGCCCAGGACUUGAAGGACCACGUCGACCGCAGGGAGCAGGCCGUCAGCCGGGUUCUGGCCCGCUGCCUCUCCCCGGAGCAGCACCGAGACUACAGCCACUUUGUGAAGAUGAAGGCAGCCUUGCUGGUGGAGCAGAAGCAGCUGGAGGACAAGAUCCGUCUGGGAGAGGAGCAGCUGAGGGGGCUCAGGGAGAGUCUGGGGCUGGGCCUCGGUCUGGGAUUGGGAAUGUCCGUGGGGACGCCACCCACGUCGGGCGGAGGGAGGGCCUCGGGCUGGCCGCCGGUCUGCGAGAGCGCGCGGCCUGUGGACUUUAUUGCGAAAGGGAGCGGCGUCCGGACGGCAUGCAGACCGUAGGUUCUCCGGGAGGCCGCGUCCUCUGCGAGGACCAGUUCAGCUGCUCCAUCUGCCUGGAAGUGUUUGUGGAGCCCGUGUCCACGCCAUGCGGCCACAGCUUCUGCAAGGCCUGCCUGCAGGGCUACUGGAACCACA